AUGGUGGCAAUAAUCCAGCCAAUUUAUCAGUACCUCCGAGGGAGAUGCAACCGUCGGCACAGAGGCUACGGCAAUGAGAUCUCCUCUCACCACGGAUGGUUUGGUGGUGGCAGCAGGCGCCCCUCAAACAUCCAAGGACAUGGCUCCUUCUUCUGUGGUGGAGAAGGCUCAGUCAUCUACAGCCGAGGAGCUUCCUUCUCCCAGCCCACGCCAUCACCGUCCCCCUACAGCCUUGCAGGGCGGUACAGUUGUGGUGUUGAUGGGUCUGUCACGAUAGACAACAGUGACAGCGGGGGAACAUCUGGCUGGGGUGUUUCAGUGGGUACAGUCCCUGUUUAUGGCACUGGCGAGGGGAUGGGGUGCAGCAGUGAGGACUCAGGCAUCGCUGGCAGCUCGGGGGGCGGUAGAGGAUCCAGCUACCACAGCGGGAGGUUGGGCAUCACUGUGGGAGGAAGCUACGGAUAUGAUGCAUCACCAAGAGAAAAUCCCUUAACAACAGGUGGGGACAGUUAUGGACCAGGGUAUUAUGGUGGAGGAUCAGGCUAUGACAUGGGGGGACACUCAGGCCCAGAGUUCAGCUCUGGAGGCAGUGGGUCCUCCCAGAUCAUACAGCAGAAAUGCCCCGUGGUCAUUCCCAGUAUUGAGCCCAAACAGAGCAAGCAGACGAGCCACUGGCCCCCUAUCCAGAAGAAGUGA